AUGGGCACCGCUCGCAUGGCGGCCCCGGUCGCUAUGCUCCUGCUGCUGCAUCACCUUGCGUGUGCAGUUGCUGCUGGGACCGAAGCCGAGGCAGCUGCACUGCUCGCAUUCAAGAUCGCCUCCGUGACCGCCGACCCAGGCGGCCGGCUCGUGAGCUGGGCAGAGGUCAACUCCACCUCUGGCACCAGCUCGCCGUGCAAGUGGACCGGUGUCUCGUGCACAGAUGGCCAUGUCCAUAUGCUCAAUCUCAGUGGCAUGUCCCUCGUCGGCUGCCUCCACCUCGACCCGUUGCUCGCUCUACCCGCACUCCGGACCAUCCUCCUCCGUGGCAAUGCCUUCCAUGGCAACCUCACGAAUGGCGCCUCACAGCGACAGACAUCGCCACCAUGCAUGCUCAUGGACGUGGACCUGUCAUCGAAUGCCUUCAACGGAACGCUGCCGCAGGCGUUCCUGGAGUCCUGCAGCAACCUGCAGCUGCUGAACUUGUCCAGGAACACCCUUACCGGUGGGUUCCUCAACCUCUCAGCCAACCAGCUCAUGGGAGGCCUCCUAGAGUUUGCGCGGUGCAGCCAGGUUUCUGUUCUUGACUUGUCAGGGAACCUCAUGUCUGGUGCCCUCCCUGGAAGGCUUUUUGGUGACGGCGCCAACCAAUCUGACACACUUGAGCAUUGCUGGUUCAAUACCAGAGUUCCUGGGGGCUUCCAUGCUUUGCGCCGACUCGCGCUGGCUAGGAACAACUUCACUGCAGAAAUACCGGAUAAGCUGAGCCUCUUGUGCAGAAUCGGAAUGCUGGUUGAACUAGACUUAUCAAGCAACCAACUGAUUGGCAGUCUGCCAGCAAGCUUCUCAAGCUGCAGAUCACUUGAGGUGCUUGAUCUCGGCAGCAACCAACUCUUUGGUGACUUUGUGGUUACUGUCAUCAGCAAAAUGUCUUCUCUGCGUGUGCUGAGACUGCCAUUCAACAAUAUCAAUGGGACAAAUCCUCUGCCGGCACUAGCAGCUGGCUGCCCUUUGCUUGAAGUUAUUGAUCUUGGCUCUAAUCUGCUGGAAGGGGAGAUCAUGCCUGACUUGUGCUCAUCUUUACCAUCACUAAGAAAGCUGCUCCUCCCAGACAAUUAUUUCAGUGGAACUGUGCCACUGUCACUUGGCAACUGCAGCAAUCUGGAGUCACUGGACCUCAGCUUCAACCUUUUGGUUGGUCACAUUCCAUCUCAAGUAAUAUUGCUUCCUAAGCUUGCCGAUUUGGUCAUGUGGGCAAACAAUCUCUCUGGCGAAAUACCAGAUGUUGUAUGCUCCAAUAGCACAAGAUUGGAGACACUAGUGAUAAGUUACAACAACUUCACUGGAGUCCUCCCUCCAUCCAUUACAAGCUGCGUGAAUCUCAUAUGGUUGUCUCUUGCAGGCAACAGUCUUACUGGGAAUGUGCCCUCAGGCUUUGGCAACCUCCAGAAGCUUGCCAUUCUACAGCUGCAUAAAAAUUUACUCUCUGGCCCAGUUCCAACAGAGCUUGGUUACUGUAGCGACCUCAUCUGGCUUGAUCUUAACAACAACUUCUUCUCCGGUGCAAUACCACCGCAGUUAGCAGCACAGACAGGACUUGUCACUGGAGGUAUUCUUUCUGGGAAGCAGUUUGCAUACCUAAGGAAUGAGGCUGGCAACAUCUGCCCUGGUGCCGGAGUGCUGUUUGAGUUCUUUGACAUCCGUCCAGAGCGGCUGGCACAGUUCCCGGCUGUGCACUCAUGUGGCUCCACGAGGAUAUACACUGGGGUGAUAGCAUACACCUUCAAUAAAAGUGGAAGCAUGAUCGUCCUUGAUCUAUCAUACAACAGAUUUACAGGUACAAUUCCGGCAAGCUUGGGGAACAUGACAUAUCUUACUGUCCUUAACUUGGGACACAAUGACCUUACUGGCGCAAUUCCAGAUGCAUUCAUGGGGUUGAGGGCGAUUGGUGUAAUGGACCUCUCACAUAAUCACCUCACAGGUGGCAUCCCUGCUGGACUUGGGUCUUUAAGUUUCCUUGCAGACUUUGAUGUCUCUAACAACAACCUGACUGGUGAAAUCCCGAUAUCUGGGCAGCUCAUUACAUUCCCAGCAUCCCGCUUCGCAAACAACUCUGGCCUCUGUGGCAUCCUCUUGGAUCGUUGCAUGCCCAAUACCAGCCCUGGACUCAUGCCCCAGUAUUUUCCUGAUCAGAAGUCGCCUCUUGUCUUUCAAGCUGGGUUUGGUGAAGGCUUCGGAUUUGGCUUCGUUAUAGCUAUUGGUUUAGUGACCUUGCUCCAGUUCAAGUAUGAACAGUGUUCAUGUUCUAUGCCAAUGUGGUAA